CUGCAAACUUGCAAAUGUGAAAAUAUUUAUAAAAUGACAGGUGGUUUAAAAUAGUAAACCAAAAGCCACGCAUAAAAGACUAAACUGAAUUAACUCUAUUUGUACUGGUUGUUUCUAUGGAGGUCUGUUUUGCUCUAUCAGCCCUCAUUUGCCCAGGACUGGAUUGAGAACUCCCCAAUAAACACUGGAAACAGACACUGAUUCAUGAAUGAUUCAUGCUGGAGGUGGGCGCUGUAGUGGCUGUUAGCUGCACAGUGGGAAGGGUGCUGGAAGCGUGACUGGACGACCAGCGAAUGGCACUAAAACAGGGGGGACAGGAGCGAGCCAAUGACGGCGGAGAAGCCCGAUGUGCAGAGACAUGAAGAGCUGGGAGUGGCGGAGGAGGAGGAGGAGAGCGGGUGCAUGAGCGACGACGGAAAGUGCGUGAGUGCGCCAGGGAGGAGAGCAGGUCGAUGCGUGGAUGUAGGAGAGGAAGAGUGGAAGACCGUGAGAUAGGUGGAGAAGCUGAAGCAGGGGAGCCAGUCUGUUAGCCUGCGUUUUUAAAAGACGAAGCCAGACACGCAGACACCAUGGCCAACAUCACAACCACUAUACUCCCAAGCCUGCCGUCACACCUCGAGGCCGUCCCGUUGUCCCACGUCUCCUUGCAGGUCCAGGAAGUGUACCCCUUUCACGACGGCUGGAAUGUAGCCUGCUUCGUCAUUCUGUUACUGUUCAUCCUCACUGUCCUGUCCCUGACUGCCUUGGCCGUUCUCUACGAGCUACUCAACUGCGGGUGCUGUGCUAAAGGGAAGACACACCACCAGCUGCAGGAGGAAGGGCCAGGAAGCUGCAGCAAACUUAUGACUAACAUUUGCAAGGAGCCAGCGUCCCACACAGAGGUGGUAUAAAGGCAGCAAGGACGAGGGAAACAUUAAGAAGUAGAGUAUUAUUUAUUGACAAAUUUAUUUAUGCCACAGUAAUGACUUUGUUUCCCUAAAAACAAAAACAGACAAUCCAACUGCGCCAUAUCUCGUCUAAGGAUGGGUGUAUAAAAAUUUAUUUAUAUCAUCAUAAAAAAACAAACAAACAAAUAAAAAGCACCUUCAUAUACUAAGUAGAAGAAUGGCCUGAAAAUAAACGCCUGAUUCAAUGUUUAGCAUAGCAGCCUGUGAUAAAAUUACAUUUAGUGUGAUGUUACCUGUGCUUUUUAUUAUGAAAUUGCAUGUUCAAAAUCUGACAGUGAAAAUUAUUGUUGCUUUUCUGUUACUUGCUAAACUGUUCGCCAGUAGUGUUAAUGUUUACCACAAGUUCAGUAGCUACACAGUGAUGUAUUUUGCGUCAGGCCUUGUGCAAUAUAAAAUUUCUAAUGUUUUCCUAUUUGACUAACUUUCACUGAAAAAGGUUUGAUUUUUGAAGUAACUAAAAGUUGGCAAGUCUGCUAUUACAAAACUGAAUAAAGUAAUAAUGUAAUGUAA